AUGGCAUGGGAUCACCUUGAUUUCGAUCGGCCGCAUCUGGCUUACAUGAUCCUCGGCGGCUUCACAGGCCUAUUCAUGCUGUGCUCGCUUUUCGUGAAAGAGAAGCUCUACAUUGGUGAAGCUACCGUCGCAACCCUUUGCGGUAUCAUUUUCGGACCGCAUGCUGCAAAUUUAUUUAACCCCCAUGACUGGGGCAACGUCGACAAGAUUACCCUGGAAUGCUCGCGUAUCGUCCUAGUCGUACAAUGUUUCGCCGUCGGCGUCGAGUUGCCCAAGGCUUACAUGGAGCGCCACUGGAAAUCCGUCAGUCUGCUGCUAGUUCCCGUCAUGACCUGGGGCUGGUUGAUUACCAGUCUGUUUAUUUGGUGGAUGGUGCCUCCGCUCAACUGGUUGGAUAGUCUAGUGUGUGCGGCCUGCGUUACGGCCACCGAUCCUGUCUUGGCAUCGUCCGUCGUUGGUAAGGGUAAGUUUGCCAAGCGUGUGCCCAAGCAUUUGCGUGACCUCUUGUCGGCUGAAUCCGGUUGUAACGAUGGCAUGGCGUUCCCAUUCAUCUACCUCGGAUUCUAUAUCCUGCGUUACAGACCCGAUGUUAAUAAGGUCUCGCUGAAUUGGUUCUGUGUAACCAUUCUCUACGAGUGUAUCUUUGGUGCUAUCUUCGGCUUCGUCAUUGGAUACGCCGCUCGCCAUGCUAUCAAAUGGGCCGAGCGGAAGAGUCUGAUUGACCGAGAGAGUUUCCUCGUGUUCUACUUCGUCUUGGCCGUUUUCUGUGCCGGCGCAGGUAGUUCCCUGGGCAUGGAUGACUUGCUCAUUGGAUUCUCGUGUGGAGUUGGCUUUAGUAAUGACGGUUGGUUCACGGAGAAGACUGAAGAGUCGCACGUUUCCAACGUCAUCGACUUGCUGCUCAACUUGGCAUACUUUGUCUAUUUCGGAUCUAUCAUCCCCUGGGAAGAUUACAAUGCCCCCGACCUCGGCCUGACUCCCUGGAGAUUGGUCGUUAUUGCGCUAUUGGUCAUCUUCUUCCGUCGCAUUCCCAUUAUGCUUUUACUCAAACCGAUUAUACCGGAUAUUAAAACGUGGCGUGAAGCGCUUUUCGCUGGUCACUUUGGUCCCAUUGGUGUCGGUGCUAUCUUUGCUGCCAUCCUCGCGAGAGCGGAAUUGGAACAUGAUAGCACACAGCCACUACCUGAAAGUGAGCUCAAGCCAUCUUCGCUAGAAUAUCCAGCAGAUUAUACAGUGGCACGGCUUAUUUGGCCCAUUACCACGUUUAUGGUUAUCUCGUCCAUCCUGGUCCACGGCUCAUCCAUUGCCGUGUUCACCCUGGGCAAGCGUAUCAACACUCUGACAAUUACCCUGUCCUACACACAAGCCAACGAGGACGGCCCAUCAUGGAUGAACCGUCUUCCCCGUGUGCAAUCCUUGGCCAAGGGAUCCAUGUCCUUCCGCAAGGCAGACGAGUUUGAUGAGGGUUCUUCCGACGAGAGGCUGCCCGAGUAUCCCCCAGGUACUCUACCACCGAUCGGCAUGCCUGGCAACUUCUUGCGUCGUGUUCGUGAGGACGACACUGAAACUCAGAGUACCCACUCGGCAACCCGGAAGCCUCUUCGUCGGAAGCGACGUAAGCACACUGACGCUGGCGGUCCAAUCAGCCAGUCAGCCAUUAUGCCCCAGCGACGAACGGAGAGCGAACUCGAGGAAGAACCAAAGGAGGAACUGGAAGAACGGGACCGUGUGGAUCGUGGAGCUUCACCUCCUACUGCUGAGCGGGAUCGCUUCGGCCGUGAACCGGAACUGGAAGUCUUCCAGGAGGGUCAUCAUAUGAUCAUCGAAGAUGAAGAGGGCAAUGUGCUCAAGACUGAGGAUACUAGCCACCUGACCCCUGAAGAACAGGCCCGUCACAUCGAAGAACAGCGCAAGCGACUCCAGGAGGACAGGUCUGGCGAGCUGGCUCACUCUCGAAGCCAACCUCAUGAAAAGACCGAGGGUGAAGAGAUCCAACAAGCCGUCGGUGAACAGGCCGAGCAUGCCGUUGAGAAGGCUCGAUCUCGUUGGACCACCUGGACUGGCUUCGGAAAGGACAAGACCAAGGAGAAGCAGGAUGAGUCCACGCCGAAACCCAAGCCCAAGCCUGCCGAGGGCGAGAAGCAGAAGGCCCGCUCUGCUCAUGCCUAUCAGUUUGGUAAUACUAUUAUCGUUGAGGACGAGGAUGGUGAGGUGAUUAAGAAAUACACGAUCCCAUCUGGCGACAAGCCCGUCAAGCCCAAGCCCAAGCCUGAGGAGCCACAGCCUGGAAAGGACCAAGCACCUAUCCGUGCAGGCUUGAAGCGCAUGGGUACCUGGUUCGGCAUGGAAGAGGAGGGCGAGUCCUCGCAAGCCGGUCAGAAGAAGCCCGCACCUCGCACCGAGACUGACGAUUGGGCCACCGAUGACGGUCUGCGCUUCACUCUUGCUCAGAGCAUGGAGGUCGACUCCCAAGGCAUCGGCCACAAGGGUCGCCGCAUGACCAAGCACGAGUUCUUCCAGCAAAUCAAGGGUCUGGACGCCAAGGCUCGCCGCGAUGUAGUGCAACAAACCGACGCCCCUGCCCCCGUCAAAGAAGCCGCCCGCGAAGACGUCAAGCAAACUGAAAAGCAAGAACGUCGUCUCUCUGCCGCUGCAGCAUCCGCCGCCGCCGGUGCAAUCCCCGAGGAAGACGAAGGUCUCGUCUCUGAAUCCGUCACCGACAGCGAGGUCACCGACGAGGGCGAGUCAGCCGACGAACUCGGCCAACCCGGACCCAACGUCGCCACAUCGCUGGCCAAAUUCACCCGGGGAAGUUCCGCGCAAGAACGCCGCAGCAAUCUCAGUCCCGUGCCACGCACUCGCGAUCGUCACCGCCGUGACUCGGACGAUGAUGGCACCGAGCGUAUCCCACCCUCACGUCUGCGUCGAGAAGCCGGUCUAGCCGUGCCACCACGCCAAGCUGACGACGAUACGGGCGAGACCCCCGCCGAACGACGUCGUCGUCUCGCUGCACUGGGCGAGAUUCACAACGACGACUCUUCCGACUCGGAAGCCGAGGAAGACGCUGCCAUUGCAGAAUCUGAUAGCGAGGAUAACGGCGAGCCUCGCCAGCCACAGGGUAAAGUGCAAUUCGCAGAUGCGGCCAGACCCUCUGAGCAAUCCAGUCCCAGCGAGCAGCAAUCGUCCUCAUCUGGCUCCGGCUCCGGCAAAUUCACACCAGGCCACCGACCCCGCAUCUCAUGGGGCGGCGAGAGGCGUGAUCACUAA